AUGGAUCGAGGACUUCUCAAUCGAGCUACUGCGGCAGAUGCUCACCCAACGCCAGGCUAUAUGUAUCUUGAAAUAGCCAAAAUGACGUAUGCACCCAAUGGGUCGCAUCAGCUGGAGGACUACCUCUGCAAUAAGAUAGUCUCCAAAGACGAUGCCAACGUUAAGUUCAAGUGUUUGAGGAUAAUACGGAACGUCUUGGAUCCUGAUGCUCAAGUACAGGCUAGUAUGGACUUCAAGAAGAGGAUACAACGACGAGCAGAUGUGGUGAAGUCUUGUCGGAUGUAUCGAGGGCCUGUCGAUCCUCUCAGAGGUGAUGCUCCUAAUAAGGCCGUUCGAGAGGAGGCUGAGGCGGCAUUGAAGAUGAUAUUCAACGAGACUACUAUUGGCCAACAGCCUCAGCAGCCUACUGCUGCUACUACCGGGUUUCACUCCGCUGGCCUGCAUGAUCGGAUCAAGGGCUUCGGCUCCACCACGGGUGGUCCUGGUGCUCCCCCGAAUGCAUGGGCAGGAGCCCCUCCUCCUCCUCCCCCACAGCAGCCGCUACCCUAUCCAGGUGGAGUGUAUCCUGGUCCACCAGUAACUACUGGCCGCAUGCAGGGCUUCGGCAACCCAGAAUUCAAUAGCUACAAUAGCGGCCAACAGAACUCAGCGAGUAGUACCAUAGCGGGCAAGGUCGGGCAAGCAGCGGCCAGUGCUGCCAGUGCUUUAUCAUCAGCAUACCAGAGGCCUACCCCUGGAUACCCCUACUCUGGAGGGCAGGAGUUCAACCAAUACGGUCAGUCGGACAGAGGGAUGUGGGUGCCCCCGUCAGUUGAUAAAUCUUCUGGUGAGAGAGGACAGGUGACUGUGGCGGCCCCCAGUGAGCAACAGCAUCGAACACCCGAGUAUCGACUGGUCAGCCAGCUGGCCAGCGGCUCGGUCGCUGUGGGGGUGUUCUUGACUAGAGUCAAGGAGGGAUCUUCUGACUACGACAUGACAGAGAUAGCAUCGGAACUGGCUGGUCGAAUCACUAAGGGCCAUCCUCAGGCGAGGCUCCGGGCCCUUAGGGCGGUGGAAGGCCUUGCUGACAAGGAGGAGGUACGGGACGUCUGUACUGAGUGCGUUUCCGACCCGCAAGCUCUACCCCAAAUCUGUCGAGCUACUGCAGCACGAGUGAGCCGAGCCUUGCAGGGCACCAGUGGACAUCGUUCAGCGGCUGCUGCCCCACAACCAUCACCGAUGCCUGACCUGUUGGAUUUGGGCGGAGGGGAUACUCCUGUCGAUGAACCGGUCAAAGCGGCGGCUGUGGAGAAGGGCGCUGGCGGUGGUGAUGAUGAUUUGCUGCUGCUCGGGGAAGCUGAUUUCAUGGAUGCUCCUAUAAAGUCGAAUGUCUCGGAAGUCGAUCUGUCGGGAUUGAACCUGGGCGGAUCGAUACCCGCAGCGAAUAGAAACAGCCAAGAGUUGCUCCCCGGCCUGCAAGGGUUCGGUGAUAAUCUUCUAGGAGAGCAGUCACCAUCUGGGAUUCUUCCCGUCCAGCAGCCCUCCUCUCUACUGCCUGAUUUGACCAUGGGGAGCAUCAAUGGUACCCAACCCUCCCCGUAUCAUCCGAACAACUACUCUCUGGGCCGGUCAGGAUCAGGUGCUACCCCGGGGGGUCAGCAGUUGGAUGAUAUAUUCACUGAGGCAGCCGCUAAGGCAGCAGCUCAGGCCGCUGGGGGGCCGCCACCGCCCAUGGAAGCACAUAGUGGCGGUAAACAGUCCUCUGGAUCGGCCUUUAGUUUUAUUGGCAACGGCAGUCGGAGAUGAGGCUUGU